AUGCCGCCUCCCAUCGAUCCGGAAACCAUUUACACCAAGCAGACUUGCAUCGGCGGUGGAAGCUUCGGUAAAGUGUUCAAAGGUCUGGAUAAACGCACUGGAGAAUCAGUGGCAAUCAAAAUCAUAGAUGUCGAGAAUGCAGAGGACGAUGUCGACGAUAUAAUCAAGGAGAUUGCCAUCUUGUCUGAGCUGAAGUCGCCCUAUGUCACAAAGUACCAUGGCUCAUACUUGAAGGGGUCCAACCUGUGGAUUAUCAUGGAGUUCUGUGCCGGUGGUAGCUGCCACGGUCUCUUGCGACCUGGUGUGAUCCACGAGGAGUACAUUGCCAUAAUUCUGAGGGAGCUUCUGCGCGGGCUGGACUAUCUCCAUAGUGACCAAAAGCUGCACCGAGACAUCAAAGCUGCCAACGUUCUCCUCAGCGCGAGUGGUCAAGUCAAAUUGGCGGAUUUUGGCGUGUCUGGACAAUUAUCGGCAACAAUGACCAAGAAGAAUACCUUUGUAGGAACUCCGUUCUGGAUGGCCCCCGAAGUUAUCAAGCAAUCUGGAUACGAUUACAAGGCCGAUAUUUGGUCCUUGGGUAUCACGGCAAUUGAACUUGCCUGCGGUGAUCCUCCUUAUGCCGACAUUCACCCGAUGAAAGUGUUGUUCUUAAUCCCCAAAAACCCUCCCCCGACAUUGGUAGGCGAUUUUAGUAAGCCUUUCAAGCAGUUCGUUGAACUGUGCUUGCGUCGAGACCCUAAGGAGCGGCCAUCAGCCAAGGAGCUUCUGGAGCAUCCAUUUGUGAAGCGUGCGAAAAGAACAACCUACCUGACAGAACUCAUUGAGCGCGCAGAACGUUGGCAAAUAACUCAUCGGGGUCAAGAUGACGACGACGAAUAUGACGGGUAUGAUGACAGAGAAGCUGAUCAAACAGCAAAAGACAGAACUCAGGAAAAGGAAGACCUCUGGGACUUCGGUACCGUUCGUCCUGUGGGACAAGCACACGCCCCUCCGUUGCGCCCUAUGGUAAAAGCAUCCGAAACUGAUGCACGAACAAAUGAGACAGAGGAAUGGGAUCUGUGUGAUACGGCACCCCGACAAGCCGCAACACCUCAAACCCAGUCACACGCUCAGGUGACCCCAGCAAACCCUGCUUUUAACGUUUCUCCCACCAAAACCCCUCUUCCUCCCUCUGCACCAUCUUCCCCUCUUAAACAGCGCCCCUCCGAGAUUGCACUUCCUUCACGCAAAGUCGCAUCUCCAGUGGCUAGCAGACCCGCAGUAGACAACCCUCCCACAAGGGGAUUGAACGAACAAUACGCACAGGCAGCUACUCACUACCCUGGCAAAAUUGAUACUGGUUCUCCAGCCAAACCUAGCUCCGCGGUCAGUAACCAGGGUACUCCUUUUAAACAACUCUCCAGCGUUCCCCUUCAAGGCCAAUACCGCACCCCAUCUGGUCAAAAUGUGCACAAGCCAUCACCACUUUCUCGCGCCAUUGCUGAUUAUUCGAGAAAAAAGCCACAGUCUCCACGCAUCCCUCAAGCUGCUUUUCCUCUAGGACAGCAACCGCAGUCCCCGCGCAUCCCUCAAGUCGCUCUUCCAAGACACACAGAGCCACUGCAACACACGAAGCCAGUUUCCGGACUCAAGUCUAAGCGUGCACCAGCAAAUAUGGAUGAUCGUGCUUUUCCCCACCGCUCAACCCCUCCGACCCCCACUUCCAGCGACCAAAAGCGUGCCAGCCGACCUCUCCCUGAGGCUGAGCGUGCAACCGCCUGCGGGUCUGUGAUUCUCCCAGCCCUCCGUGCAGCCAUGGACCGCCGCCGCAACCACCUCAUCCGACUCGAACCAGGACGCAACCCUAAUGACCCCCCAGCUACCCCAGAACAGGAGAAGGAAUUCGAUCGCAGCGUGCGCAUCCACCAUGGUCUGGAGAAGGUUGCUGAAGACAUCGCUCGAGCUUUCAACAGCCUCCACCACUGGGAUAUGGAGAGACCUGUUGAUAUGGGCGGUGGUGUUGAUGCUGUUCUCGACGCGUUCCUCGAGGAGGUCCUCGUCCGACUGCAGCCCACUACCGACACGUAA